UGACAUUGUAAAUAAAGGUUAAGGUUUUUUGAAAGUAUAUUUUCUGCUCAAUUUUUUUAAAUAUGGCUAAAUUUCUCAAUGUACGAAGUUGCAUGUCUUUCGCGAGUGAUAGUUUUUUUCAGAGGGUUAGAAAUUCAUUGACAGAAUCAGGCAUUAUUUGGGAAAAUAUUGUAUCGAAACAUUUAAGUCCUAUGCAAGCUUAUGGAAGAUCUGCAGAAAUUGACAAAGCAUUUUACCAUAAAACAGGAAUAGAUAUAGUUUUAGAUCGUCGAGGAUUCGAGCCGCAACAUAUCAGCUGCUCGAUAACAACGGACAGCGUAGAAAUUUUGGCAGAAAGAAAAAUCGAACAAGGCCACAUGAAAGCUGCUAAAAGAUACCUAAAAUUGCGCCAACAAAUUGAUCCGAACACUGGAGAAUGCUGCAUGUCAUCAGAGGGGAUAAUUUUAUUAACUGCAAGUUGGUUGUAAAAAUUUAAAAAUAUAAAUAUAUUUUAUUAUAUACAGUGUACAGAAUUAUACAUCAAAGUAAACUUUUGUCAAAUAAUUUAUAAAAAUUUAAG